CUCCUUCUAAAUUAACACUACCUUAUUUAUAUUUUCAAAUAUCUCUCUCUCUUUUAUUUAUUUUAUACUAAAAAGAGAUAAAUAUACUCUUAGUAGUAUUUCAUACUUAUAUAAACAUUUUCCCCCUCAUUUCUUGAAGAGAAUUAUUUGAUCUCAAUUAUUUUACUCCUCUCUCAAGCAUUAUGAAUAUUCAUAGUCAUAGAUAUUUGGAGUUGUGGGAAAAAGUGUUAUAGGUUAUGACUUGCACUAAUUAUGAAAUGGCUUUCUUUCCAACAAAUUUCAUGCUACAAACUCCUCAUCAUGAAGAUGAACAUCAACCUUCAACUUCUCUCAAUCCCAUUCUUCCCUCAUGCUCACCUCAAGACUUCCAUGGUAUUGCUUCAUUUUUGGGAAAAAGAUCUAUGUCAUUUUCUGGGAUGGAUGGAAAUAAUGCUUGUGAGGAAAAUCAUGGAGAAGAUGAUUUGUCUGAUGAUGGAUCACAAGCUGGUGAGAAGAAAAGAAGACUCAAUAUGGAACAAGUAAAAACUCUUGAGAAGAAUUUUGAGUUAGGAAACAAACUUGAACCUGAAAGGAAAAUGCAAUUAGCAAGAGCUUUAGGGUUGCAACCAAGACAAAUUGCAAUUUGGUUUCAAAAUAGAAGAGCAAGAUGGAAGACUAAGCAAUUGGAGAAAGAUUAUGAAGUUCUUAAGAGACAAUUUGAUGCUAUCAAAGCUGAAAAUGAUGCUUUACAAACUCAAAACCAAAAGCUUCAUGCAGAGAUAAUGUCACUAAAGAAUAGAGAGCAACCAACGGAAUCAAUCAAUUUGAACAAGGAAACAGAAGGAUCAUGCAGCAAUAGAAGUGAAAACAGCUCAGAAAUAAAGCUAGACAUAUCAAGAACACCAGCCAUUGACAGCCCAUUAUCCAAUCAUCAUCCAAAUAUUUCUAGUAGACCUUUUUUUCCACCUUCAAUGAUAAGGUCUAAUAAUAAUAAUAAUAAUAGUAAUAAUGGGGUUGUGGUACCUCAUCAACUCUUUCACAUCAAUUCAUCUUCAUCAAGACAAGAUCUCAAAUUAAUGGACCAAAAUACUACUACUACUAAUAAUAAUAGUAGUGUCAAAGAAGAAAGCCUAUCCAACAUGUUUUGUGGAAUUGAUGAUCAAACAAGUUUUUGGCCAUGGCUAGAGCAACAGCAUUUUAAUUGAAACUUUUUUGGAGACCAAAAAGUUU